AUGCAUGCAUGUACCAAUUUUUUGUGGUUCCUGGUUUUGAUUUGUGUUAUAAUUUCACACUUUGUAGGCAUAAUGAAUGAUUCUGACGCGUCUUCAUCAACUGCAGUAUUAAAAGAUCAAAGUUUUAAUACUAAUUUGAAUGGUUUAACACAGAUUUCCAGUUCACAAGAAAAUGUCAAUCCCCAACUAUCUAACCUUAUUUUACCAGUGAAAAACACAUUUAAAACUUUAUGUACCAAAUGUUUCUUGACAUUAGAUUCUAAUUCUAUCAAUUAUGUGCCAGAUCGCCAGGAUUUGAAGACAUUUUUGAAUCAAAGCUACAAAGGUCAAUUGAUUCUUAAUUAUUAUAAGCUUCAUAAUAAUCUCACUGAUACUUUGAGCAAUUAUUUGGCGGAAAUCACUUUUGGCCUGGAGAUUAAUAUUAUUCUUAAACAAGAAAAAGUCACCUCAGAUAAUCCUUUGAAAAAAUUAGAAAUUCCACCGGCUAUAUUUAAAAAUCUCGCCACAGAAAUAAGUGAAUUAUUUGAUGACAAAUCAGGCGUUUACUACAGUCCUGGGUAUACAGAUGGCAGAAAUAGAAUUAAUCCAACUGGUAAAUUACAAAGCCAGUUUAACUAUGCUCGAAGACAAUUAAUGGACUCAGGUUUAUUAGUUAUCACUAGUCGCCGUAGCUCAGUUGUAGUUGAUAGUACUGUGACGUAGUAAAAUUAUGUAGAUUCAACUUCAAGUCAAUUAAAUUUACUGAAACAAAACUCUGACGAUUUGAAAGAAAUUGAGAAAGCUUAGAUUGACAUGUUCUCAGCUCGAAAACAGUUGGUAGCAGACAGUAUUGAUAAAUUAGUUGAAUUCAAUUUAUAUCCUUGUUUAUCAGGUGAAAAAGGAGCUGAUUUUAUAACGUCAGAUUUUGAGAAAAAAUUUGAAAGUGCUCAAUCAUUCAAGACAUCUUGGCCAAAUCUUCGAGCAACAUUUGAAGAUUUCAUUUUAUCAAAAAGGAUAGAUGAUGUUGAUGCUGCAACUCAGGUUAUUGAAUUAGCCGAGUUAAUUGAUGAUGAUAAAGAUGCUGUCAUUUUUUCAUUAUUACCUUUGGCCAUUAAAUCGUUAGUUGCCAGUACUAAAUCUGAUGAGCUGGAAGCUAAGAUUACAGCUCGGCGGCAGACAUUUAUUACUAAUAAAGAAGCAUUUUACCCAUUUAUGGUUUUUGUCGGACCUGUCAGCAAACCUGUCGAAUUUUAUAAUACCGCACUUGAAGCUUUAGACGUAACUUUUAAAAUAUUUCUUCUAACAUCUUGCCCAUUUCCAAAAUUUGUGAGUCCGACAUACAUACUCUUAAAAAAAGUUGUUUAUCAAAUAACUUCACGAUCGAAAUCAACAAUUCAGUUACAAAAAGCUCUAUUAUUUUUUGAAAAAAAAUUACAAACUAAGUUUGAUUAA